ACCCGCUGUUCGAGUUGUUGACGUCAAAUUUAGAUUGAUGUGCCAAAAUGGUUGCUGUCAAAGUUCUUUUCGCUGUAGCAUUUGAUCAGUUCUAGAUCCGUGUAUCUUUGUUGAUUGUGCAAGAUGGUGACCGCCAAGAAGCAGAAAAAAGCUUUGGAGAGCAUCAACGCCCGCCUGGCGCUGGUGAUGAAGUCGGGCAAAUCGUGCCUGGGCUACAAACAGACGCUGCGCACGCUCCGCCAGGGAAAGGCCAAACUGGUCAUCAUUGCCAACAACACGCCGCACCUCCGCAAAUCCGAGAUUGAGUACUACGCCAUGUUGGCCAAGACCGGUGUGCACCAUUACAAUGGCAACAACAUCGAGCUGGGUACGGCUUGCGGUAAAUACUUCCGCGUGUGCACGCUCUCGAUCACCGAUGCCGGAGACUCCGAUAUCAUUCGCAGCCUGCCAGAAGCUCAGGCCGGUGGACAGUAAACGGUGAUGCGUGGCGCUGUAAAUAUUCCACCUGCUUGCUAAUGGUGAUUUUCCAUCGUAUGGGAAAUGCUGAAUGGGCAGUUACAAAAUAAAAUCCAGGUGUCUGUGUGCGCUCACACGAAGAAUCCGA